AUGGACGACAACAAUGGGGCAAAGUGGUCUGACCGUGUCGACUCGGCCAUCAAACACAGCCCUGUGCCACCUUCUCUGCCCAUGACGAGCCACAGCGGCUCUUUUCCCCACGAGAAGCAGCAGCAAGUUCCGAGCCACAUUGUUGCAGAGAUGUCGAGGAAGCACGCGGCUGGCGUUUCAGGCCAAAGCAGAUCCACAAAGCCGCCCAAAACAGCGAGAAGGCAGAAAUCAAAAGCCACGGUGUACGAAAGGGCUCUCUCUCUCCAGGCACCCCACGAGGGCGAUGAAAAGGUGCAGGCUAAGGGCAAAAGUUUAUCGUAUGGACCAGAAGGCUCCAAUGCACGCUCGGUUAGAGUCAACCUCAGCAGAGCAGAGAAGGCUGAAAUAUGGUUCAAGAAGUACAUGAACGAGCGAAAUGCGACAAAGAAAGAUAUCAGGAAGGCGUACGAGCACUUCGCAAGACAGGCUAAUCGCUACAGAGAUUUCCGACAAUUGAAAGAAGAGGAUUGGACGAAGGCGGAAAAACGCUUGUACGAUGAACUCGUCCCAAAAGGCAUUUUAGAGUAUGAAGCAGAGCGUAUUGAGCUUGGAGAGUGGCCAAAACGAGACGCACCGGGCGAGGCCAGCCGGGUCAGGAAGUUAAGGAAGGAAGCAAAGGACAAGGAUAAGCCCAGAUCAAAGUAG